AUGGAUCCCUACAAUCGUCCCCCCUCAAUGACUCUCUCCCCCCAAUCUCAAUCUCAAUCACCGGUCACUCCGCAGUCCAGCGUUUUCCGGCCCCGCCGAUCCGAAGACUGGCACGAGUAUCGCGAGACGAUCGAGCAACUGUAUCGCUCCGACCAACUCAAACUCCGCGAUGUCAAACGCAUCAUGGAAAAGGACUAUAAGUUCUAUGCCUCAGAAAAGCAGUAUAAAGAUCGCCUGGCCGCGUGGAAUGUCCGCAAGAACAUCAAAGCCGCCGAGGUGCAAGUCAUGAUUCGAAAGAAGCAAAAACGCGCUGCCCGAGGCAAGCAGACAGCCUUCCGCAGAGCUGGCCAGAAUGUCGAUCCCAAGCGCAUCACUCGUUUUGUUCGUCGUUACGGCUCGACAUGGGUGAAGAAUCGCGAUAAAGACGCCGAGCUACAGAGCCCGGAGCCCACUGCAGGCACCCCAUCGGACAUGUCCUGCUAUACUCCUGAGCCCGAGGAGGAGGUAGCCACGCCCGUCUCACCUCCCGAUCUGGCAUCUCCCUCGCGGGAGACGCCGUACCCCAUCGGUUAUGACCAAAAUCAUCUCGAAUCCAUCCCCGAUCUGGUGAUGGACGACGACCAUGCCUACUCCAUGUCUUUGCACAAUCAGCAACGCCGGGCCUACCACCCUUCAGAUCCUGUCGCCCACUCCAUUCACCAGGGAGUCCAUGUGACGCACCCGGCCAUGCAUCUGGGAUCGCAUCCCACCGUUCAUCCCACCAUCCACGCUCCGGCGCCUCCUCCCAUCCACCGGGCGGUGCACCCACCACCAAUGAUCCAUACGACCAUGCAUCAACCAAUCCACCAACCAAUCCACCCUGUCCAUCCCUCAGUCCGUUCCCCCAACCACCCAGUGGUCUCUCAGAUCCCCGCCUCGGCACCCCUCCAAUCCCAUCACGACGACGUGGAUGCGCCAGGCGAGGUAACGCAUCCGGAUGACUGGAACCGGCUGGACGUCUUCCAGAAUCGCCUGACGCGCCUCGGUUCCACGCUCGAGGAGAGCAUGGCGAAGUGGGCCUCUUCGCGGGACCAGGAUCCCAAUCAAGAAGUCCCGCACCAUGAGGGACUCGGACUGUGA